AUAUUGUUCACCAGCAACACUAGCCAAACACUUUGGUGAAACCCGGAGAAGACAGUCAUGACUCUACAGCUGGUCCCAGUCCUUGUACUUCUUGGAAUACCAGGGAGCUUUGGUCUAUGGACAGUGGACAAGAUGACUGCCAGGAGCAGCAGCUCCAUCACUAUCCCGUGCCACUACCACAGGAUGUUCAGGGAACAUGUCAAGUUCUGGUGCAGAGGUAAACUCUGGCACACAUGUGUAGCUGUAAGGGACUCCCAAGGCAGGUUAAGCAUCACAGACAGCCCCGCAGAGCUGGUAGUCACUCUCACGAUAUCGAACCUCCAGAGCAGAGAUGCAGGACGCUACUGGUGUGCUAUAAAGAUUGGAGGUUUCAUGAAGGCAGAUGUCAGGACUUCCCUGGAGCUGUUGGUGACCAAAGAUACUCCGGACCUAUGGGUGAAUAACGGUACAGUAUCUGGCCCAGAAGGAGGAAAUGUGAGCAUAGACUGUUUCUAUAGUGACAAGCUGAAGGACACUGAGAAGAAGUGGUGCAGAAGUGGAGACCUGCACUCCUGCCAAUCAGAGCAUGGCAUGCACCCAUCCCAGCAUGCACAGCUCCACCUCAGUGAUGCAGGCCGUGGCUGCUUCACUGUGACACUGGUGGGUCUUCAGAGAGAAGACGCUGGCUGGUACUGGUGCAUGGCAGCAGGAAUACAGGUCCCUGUCCAUCUCAAUGUUACUGCAGCUCCCACUACUCCAAACUGCACAGUGUUUCCUGAGCUGACAUCACUGCCCACACCCUCAGCAAGCACAUCACUGCUCACUUCAGAAAUACUAGAAACAUCUGCUCGUGUGACUUCAUUUGAACCAAGAUCAACCUCCUCUCUGAUCUCAGAUAAACCAACAUCUCCUACGACAACAGGAUCACCUGAAAGUAAAUUAACCACAUGGUCAACCUUUCCUCUUGCAGUACUGACAAUACAUCCAUCUGUUGCACCCAGUGUCAAAAACAGUCUGCAUAUAUGGCUCGGUGUGCUGGUCACAGGAGGGAUUUUGCUCACAGCAGCUACAGUAGCUGCACUGGUCUGGAGGCAGCAAAUGCAGUGCAGCCGAACUCACAUGACUGAAGAUAGGAUGGAGUCAGCCAUGCACACUGUAAGCAAACACCAAACCCAUGAACACAAAACACAGGACAUGUGAUUUAUGUUUAACAUGAAUGGAAGCCAAUUUGUUAUUUUAAGACAAAAAAGAAAACAUUCACUACACUGUAAAUGAACAUUAAAUACAAUAACAAUUACAAGCUUAUGAACAAAA